AUGUUUCCUUUGAGAAUUCUGCGAAAGGCAUGGAACGAUAAUUUUAUUUUUGAAAGAAAAUAUUUCACAGAGAUAUUAUUUAGAGGGGAAAAGAAUAAAAAAGUAAAAAUAUGUAGUAGGAGUAGUCCAUUUUAUUCCUAUAGUAGAAAUAUAAAUACUUCUAGAAAAUGUCUGAACCAAGAUCCGUAUACAGUAUUGGGUUUAUCAAAAAAUGCUACAACGAGUGAAAUUAAGAAACAGUUUCGUUUACUAGCCAAGAAAUAUCAUCCAGAUAUAAACCCGUCUCCUGAUGCAAAACAAAAAAUGGCUAGUAUAACAGCAGCAUAUGAAUUAUUAUCCGAUCCUAAAAAAAAAGAAUUUUAUGAUAAAACAGGAAUGACUGAUGAUAUGAAUUAUGAAAAUCAAUCUUCAUCAAAUUUUGAAGGUUCAUUUUCAGGGUUUGGUGAUGCAUCUUUUAUGUUUACAGAUUUUGCAGAAAUGUUUACAAACAUGGCUGGAACGAAAAGUAGUUCAACUAGAGGUGAAGAUAUUCAAACAGAAAUUACUUUAAAAUUUAUGGAAGCUAUUAAAGGAUGUGAAAAGAAUAUCAGAUUAAAUGUUAAAGUGUCUUGUAAUAAUUGUAAUGGGACAGGUAAAAAACCCGGUACCAAUUUAACCAUAUGUAAAGUUUGUAACGGUUCAGGUAUUCAACGAAUGGAAAGAGGUCCUAUAAUUAUUGGAGUACCAUGUCGAAAUUGUUCAGGGAAUGGACAAAUUAUUAAUAACCCAUGUAAACAUUGUUCAGGUAGUGGAGUAAAAUUUCAAACAAAAAACAUUACUCUAGAUAUCCCUCCAGGAAUUAAAAAAGGUAUGCAGAUGAGAAUUCCAAAUCAAGGCCAUUCAGGAUAUAGAGGUGGAAAAAAUGGUCAUCUAUUUGUUACUAUAAACAUUGAACCACAUAAAGUUUUUAAAUGGGUUGAUGAUAAUAUUUAUGUAGAUGUACCAUUAACUAUUAAACAAUGUCUUCUAGGUGGUGUCGUUAAUAUUCCUACCCUUAAUGGUGAUAUGGAUUUACUUAUUCGACCAAAAACUUAUCCUAAUUCUGAAAAAGUUUUAAAAGGUAAGGGACCAUGUAAAGUAGAUUCACAUACAAAUGGUGAUCUUAUCAUAAAAUUUAGUUUAAAAAUACCUGAUAAAUUAACACAUAGACAAGUGGAAUUGAUUGAGGAAUUUAACAGAAUUGAAAUGGGGCUAUCAAACACGCAAAACACCAAUAGACCAAUGGACGAUUGUGAUAAUGCCAGUGCUCGUGCUACUCCAAAGGGGGAUACCAGUACCAGUGGCAGUACCAGUGGCAGUACCAGUGGAAUCAAUAACAAAAAUAGGAAUAAUAAUAGUAGCGGCAAUAGUACCGAUAACAGGAGCAUCAAUAACAGUGGCAACUGCAAGGUCAACGCAAAUGAAAGAGGGGAGAAGAACAUUCCCAAACCUCCACCAUUAUCGCAGAAAAAAAAAUACAUAAAUAAAUUAGAAGGAACGAAUUCGUCUAACGUACCCAUUCCCCCUCCACCUCCUACAUCCUCGUCCAGUGCAUCGAAAGAAAAAUAUGCAAGUGGACGAAGUGCGAAUAAACAAAGAGCGAAGGAACAAAAUGCGAAUGGACAUAGUGCGAAUGAACAAAACGCGAAUGGACAUAGUGCGAAUGGACAUAGUGCGAAUGGACAUAGUGCGAAUGAACAAAACGCGAAUGAACGGAGUGCGAAUGAACAAAAUACGAAUGAACAAAAUGCAAAUGAACAAAAUAAUGCCGCGAAUGAAGAUAGCAAAUUGAAUAGUAACAUGAACAACAGUUAUAGCUAUGAUGAUAAUUAUUACUCUAGUAAGGUAAAGAAUACUAAUCACAUGAAAAGUGUUGAACAUGCGAAUAGUGUUAAUAAUUCUAACAUAAACCAAGUAGAUAAUACAGCUUAUAUAUUUGACAAGUCCACAAAGGAAUCUCUAAACUUUAGUAAUCAACACACUGUUAACAUAAAUAACGGUAGCAGUGGAACUACCAUCAGCAGUAGUAAUAGUAUAGGAAAUGGAAAAAAUAAUAACAAAUCAGACGAUUCAUAUAAAGAGGAAAGAGACAAAAAGAGAAGCUCCACUACUUCAACUUUUUCAUAUGCUAAAAAGUGGAUUACUGAAAAAUUAAAGCCAAACAAUUGA